CUUCACUCAUCUGCUGUCGAAGACGCGCGGACGACGCGUAACACGAAAGCGCUCGAGAUUUGUGCGUAAAAACGACCAUUCAGUGGUGUCAGCCGCUGUGGAAAUUACGCGUGGAUUGUCAGGGCAACCGCCAGUCCAUCCUGUGUCAGUCCGCCUGCGCGUCUGUCUGUGCGUGCGUUACUGUGUCAAACCCACUGAUCUUUUGCGGACAGUAAUCUUCUCACUGUCAAACCGUCGUUGCCUUUUCCUCUCGGCCAGUUUUCUUGGAUGGCGUUUGCGCGAAACGAGGAAACUUUUAUCCGCAACCUGCUCGGUUCCAUUUCCAGUCAAAGACGCGUUGGGCUCUGUAAUAAAAUGAACAUUUGACCGUUUCCAAACUUUCGACCUGAAGAAGACAUGGAAUCUACCUGUAAGGAGAGGAGUCUUCUGUGUUUACUGCUCUUUAUAAUGUGCACAGCCAGCGUUUGCUUCUGUGCAAGAAGAUCAAAUGCUCGGAGAUCUGAUCGUCUGAGUCCUCCGUUAGACAUCCAGCUGGAGACAAUCAACUGCACAGCUUUCAGUGUACGAUGGAAGAUGCCACGGCGACAUGUUAGCACCAUCACGGGAUAUAAGGUCUUUUAUACGGAGAUCAGGAAUGGUCAUCCACUGGGUUCAGCAUCGUUGAUGGAGGUGCCGCUCAGCUUAGACAUGCUCACCACAGGACAAUUUGAUGGACAAGCAAGUUUUGAUGUGGACAUCAGUAACCUGAAGGUGAAUUCCAAGUACAGAGUCACUGUUGGGGCUUAUGGCUGGGCAGGAGAGGGACGACCCAGCAUGCCCAGAGACAUCAGCACUGCUUCACAUGACGUGUGCAUGCCACCAUCUCCCCCCACUCAGCCCGUUGUCCUGGCUGUAUCUGACACAGAGCUGGCGUUGUCAUGGCAGCAAGGAGAGAGCGAGGGAAGCUCACCUGUCCUUCACUUCCUGGUGGCGUACAUCAGGCCAGAAAUGGACACGGAGUGGACGUAUAUCCGUGAGCCCAUUGAGACCAACUCCAUGGUUUUGAAGGGUUUGGUGCCGGAGACGGAGUACCAGUUUAUCGUGAGGGCAGUCAACGUUCACGGGGUUAGCCCACCCAGCAACAUCAACAGCCCUGUGCGCACUCUUGGCGCAUCAGAUGUUGGCAGUGGCGAUUAUGGCCCGUACAUCAUAGAUUCUGGGGUCACAGAUAAUGACGGCUUGGACGUUGAUGACUCUGAUUAUGAUAUCUUUAUUGAAGAGUUAAAUCCAUUCCCAGGUGUCGGUCCUGACAACAAGAAAUCCCAGCUCCGCUCUCACUCUGGUCCACCGUCUGGUCGAAAUGUCGUUUACCGUAUGAACACCGUAGCUCCUCCCAGUCCCGCUGCCACCACCAUGUCUGUUUUUCUAGCCUUCACAGACCUGAUCUUUUCAGCCACUUCAGAGCCCAGUACCACCCUCAACCCCACAACCACUGCACCAGCCAUCACUCCCAGCACCACUUUAACCACCCCCACCACCACCACCCCGACCAUGUCCCCAUGGAGAGGCGAAGUGCCUCGGACGUACGACCUGACCUGCGACGACACGGUGUGCCCCCCCGACAGCUUCUGUCUCAGCGACUACGACAGCGGCGGAUCGCGCUGCCACUGCAACCUCGGACGCAGAGGAGACACUUGCUCUGAGGCGGUGUCAGUUAAGUUUCCCAGGUUCCAUGGCUACUCUCACAUGACCUUUGAACCAUUGAAGAACUCUUACCAGAGCUUUCAGAUCACUUUGGAGUUCAAGGCCGACUCUGAGGACGGCUUGUUACUUUACUGUGGAGAGAACGAACAUGGCCGCGGAGACUUUAUCUCCCUGGCCCUGGUGCGAGGGAAGCUUCACUACAGGUUUAACUGUGGCACAGGAGCAGCUCGGAUAGUCAGCGAGAGCCACGUUGUCGUUGGACAGUGGCACACAGUCACUGUGUUCAGGGACGGCAUGAGUGGUUGGCUUCGCGUGGACAACGACACGCCUGUAUCUGGACGCUCACAGGGCCAGUACACGAAGAUCACUUUCCGCUCCCCGCUGUAUGUGGGAGGAUCCCCGAACGCUUAUUGGCUGGUCAGGGUGACGGGGACGAACCGUGGCUUUGUCGGCUGCAUUCAGAGUCUGACCGUCAACAACAAGGUCACCGAUAUCAGACCGUGGCCUCUGGGUAAAGCUCUGAGCGCAGCUGAUAUAGACGACUGCAGUGGCCGCGUGUGUGACCGGGUCAACUGUGCCAACGGCGGCGCGUGCUUUGCAAACCGGGCUGACGGCUUCAUCUGCCUGUGCCCGCUCGGAUUCCGGGGAGAACUUUGUGAAGAGAGUUUCUCACUGUUGUCGCCACUCUUUAACGAGAGCGUGUUUUCGUACGCCGUCCUCCCGUGGCCUCAGUCCUCUCAGAGUUACCUGUCCUUCACGGAGUUCGAGCUGACGUUUCGGCCCUCGGAGCCCAGCGGGGUGCUGCUGUACAGUGAGGACGCAGGCAGUGGAGACUUCCUGGCGAUUAACCUGGUGGACAGAUAUGUGGAGUUCAGAUUUGACUGUGGCUCUGGCGGAGCCAUCAUAAGGAGUGAGGAGCAGAUAAGUCUGGACACGUGGCAUGAGCUGAGGGUUUCUCGCACAGCAAAGAGUGGCAUCCUACAGGUGGACAGUCAGAGGCCGAGGGAGGGAAUAGCUGAGGGAGCGUUCACUCAGAUCAACUGCAGUUCACCUCUUUAUAUUGGAGGAGUAAUGGAAUAUGAAAAAACGAAGAAGAUGUCAGGUGUAACGAAGCCGUUCACUGGAAUCAUUCAGAAGCUGAUCCUGAACGACCGCACCAUCCUGAUAACCACCGGUUCCGCCGGUGGCGUCAAUGUAGCUAAUUCUGCACACCCGUGUGUGGAGAGUCCCUGUGCCAACGGAGGGACGUGCAGACCCAAGUGGGACGAUUACGAGUGUGACUGCGCUCUCGGGUAUGACGGCAGGCACUGCCAGAAAGAGUGUGGGAAUUACUGUUUGAACACUGUGACUGAAGCCAUUGAGAUCCCGCAGUUUAUCGGGCGAAGUUACCUGACCUACGACAACAGAGAUAUCCUUAAAAGGGUUUCCGGGUCCAGGACCAACCUUUUCAUGCGCUUUAAAAGCACAGCGAAGGACGGAUUGUUGCUGUGGAGAGGAGACAGUCCGAUGAGACCCAACAGUGACUUCCUCUCUCUGGGGCUUCAGGACGGUGCUUUAAUCUUCAGUUAUAACCUGGGCAGCGGUGGAGUCAACAUUGUUGUCAACGGGACCUUUAGUGACGGAAAGUGGCACCGAGCCAAAGCUGUGAGGGAUGGCCAGACAGGGAAGCUAACAGUGGACGACUAUGGAGCGAAGACGGGCAGGUCAGCAGGCAAGAUGAGACAACUCAAUAUCAAUGGACCUUUAUACGUAGGUGGAAUGAAAGAGGUUGCUCUUCACACAAACAGACAGUACGUCGGGGGUUUGGUGGGCUGCGUGUCUCACUUCACACUCUCCACUGAUUAUUACUUAGCGCUGGUGGAAGACGCUGCUGACGGCAAGAACAUCAAUACCUGCUCCAAGUAGAACAUAGUAGCUUCCAAAAGAGGUGCGGUAACUCCUUUCAGCACAACCGAGAGGUGAUUCAUCGCCUUGAAAACUGACUUGCCCGCACCAAAAUGAGCGGAAACUCAAACAAUAUCAUUUUGGUAAACCAAUUCAGUGCUGACAGUGUGUGUGUGUGUGUGUGUGAGAAGUUUCAACUCAAACCUAACCAAGUUUGUAAGGUUUGUUUUAACAUUUAACAACUCACUGAUCAGAGGACAAGUACUUUGUGAGUGGAGACAGAAACGAGGGUCUUUGAAAUCUGAAGGACGUUUUUUCACGUGAUGAUUCAAAUUGUACUUUGUUUUUUUUAAAACUGUAAAUCCUUACUUGAUUGCUGGAAGAUCCAAGUGAGCUGAGGGAUCAAGAGUCAUCACAAAUAUUCCACAAACCUGACCCAGAGCAGCCCGCAGAGAUAAACUGCUUUGUAGAGGAUUUUGGUUUUUGAGGAUUUGUGUUUCUGUCGUGACAUUUGUGUUCUUGUUGGUGUCUGUACUGUAGACUAUUGUCUAGUCUUGAUUGAUGUUUUAAAGGCUUCUAGUUUAGUGGAGGCGGUGUGACGAUAUUGUAUUUUUCACUUUCUGUUAGUUUACAUGCCUUUUUUUUCCAUUUUUGGGACACUCAGAUGCUAGUCACACGAGGGUCUGAUGUUGACGCGGGGAAGGAGCCAAAAUCCUGGGGAGAAGUGUGUGUGGGAUUGUGCUGCUGGCUGUUUGAACAAAAGCACAACUCUGUGAACAUCAGCCCUUAUUAGUUCAAUCGCUUUCACACCACAGAAAAUGUGAUCGUCUCAACUAUUUGAGCAUUUUCACGCCUCUGUGCAAAAUUGUCCGCUCUCAUGCUUCCUCAUGCCUAAGCUUUACCCUUUAAAAGGGUCUGUCUGCACAUGUUCUAUCUAUAUACUGUGUUUUAUGAAUUAUAAAGUUGUCAAAUUCAUCACAAAAUCCUGAAAUAAAAUAAAUAAACAGUUAAAUUAA